AUGGAUCCGCUAUCCCUGUCUUUAACGGCCAUCGCCGGCGACACGUCCGCUAUCACUGCCGCCAGGGCAAUUUGUUCGACGGCGGUGCCUGACCGGAAACUCGACGCCGCCUUCGCCCCCAAAAGCCCUGACGACGAGCGGCGGCGACGAUCGGCGGCGACGCGCUGGCACCGCUCUCAUCUCCUCUACCACCUCCUCGCCCGCCGUCUAUGCUGCUCACCAACAGCCACUCUUAUCAGCCACACCCGCGACUCAGCAACCUCGAGCACAAAGAAGGAACAAAGAAACGUCAGCCUCAACCUGAGCAAGACCUUCAAGGCGCUUUUGACGGUCAGUGAUCAGCCUGACUCUGCCACCGACCUCUUCAUUAGUCUCGACCUCAGCAAGACUUACAAGGCGCUUUUAACGGUCAGCAACGAGCCGGACUCCCAACUCGACCUCUUCAUCUCCCUCUCCCCAUUCCUUGCUGCUCUGAUGCGUGGCAUCAGCCUCGACCUCAGCAAGUCUUACAAGGCGCUCCUCACGGUCAGCGACGAGCCCGAUUCGCAAAUCGACCUCUUUGUCUCCCUUUCUCCCUCCUUGGCUUCCCUUCUGUGUGGCAUCAGCAUCUCGCUGAGCCAAGAAAAGGACGACGGAUCGACCACCGUCGUCAUGUGGCAGGAGAAUCAAUGGCCUCUCAAGGCGAAGUACCUCAAGUUGGUCGACUUCGUCUUGAGCGUGCUCACGCGGGAGGAGAAAGCGCCGAGGCUGCGCCGGGCAGCGGCAGCUGCGGCAGCAGAGGAGGGGCGCCGCCGCGCUCUGGCCACCCCACUGAGCCUCGAUGGUCAGGCAGCUGCGGCUGGCCUGAUGGUCAUCACCCACGGGGCUACACGGAUCAAGCUGCCAAACGGCGAUCACCCCGUCCUCGUGCAGCCCUCCGGCAAGAAUCUGGCGGGGGAGCGUCAGAGGAUUUAUGGAGCGCUCGGCAUCGCCGACCACUGGAGCGAGUUCGAGAACGCGUACGAGAUCAUGUGGCCCAACAUCCUCGCGCGCAUCGACCUCAGCGCAUCCGAUGGCAGCUUCCGCCCGCCCCACAACACGGGCAUCACUUCUGCUCGUCCGUCCCUCGCAGCGAUGCAAUGCGCAGAGUUGCAGGUGGUGGCAUUUGGUGGCCGCGGCUGGACCAGGUACCCGGGUUUCAUCACGUCGCAAGCGGGUCUGGAGCCUCUCUGGGACCUCAUCGACGAGAUGUACGACCUUUGGCCAGAACCGGUCAAAGCCCUCGUGCGUCUUCUUGCGGAAGAUGAGCCGCCGGAGUUCGAGGCGGUGUGGAGGAAGCUGUCUGGGAAGGAGGCCAAGUUCUCCUACAAGGCUCGCUACGUCGCCGGGCAGAAGACCAUGGCAGAUGGGGGAGACCGGGAGCUUUACGCGUGGGCGAAGGAGUUCGGGAGCGGUGUGAAGAACUUCGCCGACUUCCGCAUCGGCGUGUCCGUCGACCUCGUCAACUGA